AUGGGCUCGUCAAGUGUGAAAGGAACACAUAGUACUUCACUUCAUUUCUUGGACCUACCUCUCGAGAUCCGCAGACACAUCUAUCUUCUGAUGCUCCACUUCCGAACAUCCGAUCAUUUGAGUCUUAUGUGUACUUGCAAGCAGAUUUACUGCGAAGCCCGAGAGUCUUUCUUCCGGCGACCUCUGAUUUGCCCUUCCCAAAACCAUCUCAUCGACUUUGUUCAAAAGGGUUCGAAGAAGGUGUUGGAAGACAUCACCCACCUUCAUUUGAGGUUGGAAGAGAUCGAAGCUCAUGCGAUGCAACCAUACCUUGCAAGUAUAGCGACAAGCGCUACCGUACCUCCAGCUCAGCAUCCAUAUCUUGUUGAAAUCAAUCGAAUUACAGGCGCCCUGACAGAAAUCAGCGGUAUCACUCGUCUAACUGUACUCGGACCAAGCGACACAAGCAAGAACAUACCGGGGAGCGUUGUGACCACUAGUAUCCUUCAGUGGGUGGUAGACCACUACCGCCAUCUCCAAGAUCUAAGACUCGAGGUAGAGUCUUGUCGCUUAGACAGCCUCAGUAGACUUACGAGAUUGCGCACACUCCGAUUAUCCGGCUACUCAGAGACAAGUCCUCUCAGAGCUGCAGAUGUUUGCAGCAGGCUUGCAUCCUUGGAGGAUCUACACAUCAGUGGUCCAUCACGAGCAGUACAGACACGGCAGAAGAACGGCAUACAGUCGCGGAUUGUCCAGUCGGUGUCGAACCACAUGUUUGAACAACUCAAACCCUUGAAGCGCCUAAGAAUCAAAGAGGUCAUCGAUUUCAAUUCACAUGGUGAAGGCAGCGGCUUGCUAACAUUCAAAACCGUCAGGGCUCUCUACGAAAUUCACAAAGAUAGCCUUCAAGUGCUUCAUAUCUCGGCAAGUGAGACGCCCUCGGGGUCUUUUGUUGCAUACUUGUCGGCCUUCCUAAUAGCCGCCCCGGACUUGCAAGAGUUACACCUGACGUGGCCAGGCCUGGACGACGAUUUUGUGGACAACUUUCCGAACUCGGUCCGGCGGCUGAAGUUGACAGUGUCGUCGCCUGCGCAGGCACAGACUAUUGUGCAUCGGUUGGCCGCCAUGAGGUAUCGCUUGAGAUAUCUCCAACGAAUCAAAUUCAGCGUCAUCAACGUACCGACAACCGUCUCGAGCGAGGAAUUCAAGCAACCAUCUUCGAGUUUUGGUCUUCCGAUUCCGCACCUAGCAGUGUAAGUUUCGUUGCUUCCCUUGCUGAUGUCCUG